AUGAGAAAAAAAAUAUUAAGUUUUGUAUUUAGCAAAGGAUUUGUAAGAAGAAGGAAUAUAUGGUAUGCUGUAUUUGUUACUCCAUUUAUUUUAUUUUUAAGUGAAUUCGAAUCACAAAAGGUAGAAUUAAUUGCUUAAUUGGCUUGGAGAAAAAGAUUUUCUUUAUCUUAAUUUAACUCACCAUAGUUGGAUUGCAGUAAGGAAGAGUUUGCAAUAAUUGACCACAAAAUAAAAAUGAACAACCCAAAAUGA